UUGCUGUUGAGGCUUCGUUCAGCAUGUCUCUUGGUCAGUACGCCCUUGUGCCGUUGGCACCCUUUCGUCAUGGUUUCUCAUGAGUGUGGUUUGGACGUCGCACACUAUACCUCAGUGGGCAACUGAUCAUGGUCAUACUACUCAUGACCAUCGGUUUCGCCUCCCUCGCCUCGCGAGACAACGCAUCGGCCCAAUGGGCCAUCGGCAGUCUGCUCCUGGUCUAUACCCUGACGUAUAAUUGCACCGUUGGCCCCAUCUGCUAUUCUCUUGUUUCAGAGCUUUCGUCGACACGACUCAAGACCAAGACAGUUGUGCUCGCGAGGAACGCAUACAAUAUCCUGGGCAUCACGACCAAUGUGCUCACGCCCCGCAUGUUGAACCCAUCGGCGUGGAACUGGGGUGCCAAGGCUGGCUUCUUCUGGGCCGGCACCUGUGCGCUUUGCUUCACUUGGACAUACUUCCGUCUGCCUGAGCCCAAGGGCCGAACCUAUGGCGAGUUGGACAUCCUCUUCGAGCAGAGGAUUUCGGCUCGCAAAUUCAAGAGUACAAAGGUUGAAGAACUCGAGACGAGGAAUGUGCACGUGUCAGAGAAGGAAGCCGACAUUGAGACGGUUGAAGUGGAAAGGGUGGCUUCUGUUUAAGGAGCUGAUCAGCAGAGGAAAGUCUGACAUGAAGUUGUCCGUCAGAAGACCACAAGACCGCUUGAUAGAGUUGAAACCAUAACAGCGAAUACAAGAAAUGCAUGAU